CUUCUUAAACCAGAAUUCGCAAUCUGGAUACUCCCGUUUUGGUUCAGGAAAUGAAUUCAUGUCACAGGACUACAUGGCUCAUGGAUCCCAAGGUCUCUUUACUCAAGCUGGAUACAAUAAUCCAUCACAAGAUGAUGGUUCACAGAAUCAUUUUGGCAUGUCCAAUGCAUCUCUUCAGUCUCAGAGUUCGCUUAAUCCGCUUUACUCCCAACCAUUUGCUCACUACAACACGCAACCAUUUAACAUGCAAAGCCAACCUCAACAGCAGCAAGCGCCACAAGGCCAGGGCUUCCAAAAUCAGAAACUUCACUACAAUAGUUGAAGAUCGCAGGCUUGUUUAUGUGAUGGGUUAUAGUUUGCUUCCAGCAAUUUGGUUUAUGCUGUCAACACGUGGACCAUAUUAUCUGACCUAAGAUGAGGUAAAGAGUUUGCUAAUAAUUCAGGUCAAAUGGUGACAUAUCCCUUGCCAGUGAUUCUGAAUGUUGAGUCAGAGGGCUGGAGUGGUGGAAGGCUCUCUGCUCAAGUAAACCAUGCGCAGCACAACUGGUGCUGAGAAAGGAAAAAUAACCCAUGUUAUCUUCGUGAAGUUUUACGUAUUGUUUGAAGAGAAAGUAAUACUAUUUCUCCGGGAGAGAAAGGUUACAUGGCAUGGUAUUGGCCGGAAGGGUGGGUUAUUCAGGACACGGAGCUUGCUACUUGCGCAUUGGAAGGAGUACAACAUUGUUUGAAGCUGCGACCAUAUCUUUUGUACAGUGUCCAGGCGAAAGUCAGCUAACCCUUUCAGCUCUUCCUGACAUGUAAUUAAACUCUUUAGUAUUUGUAUUACGUGGAUAAUGACGAUAAUUAUAGAUGUGUUUAUGUUUCAGCACUUGAGGUAUAUAAACAUGCAGGUAUUAGUCAUUUGAUUUAACUGGGUUGCUUGUAAUCCAGUAUCAUUUUUUUGUGGAUGUCUUUUGAAGCGUUUUGCUUGGAGGAGUAAAUGGAAAAAGGAAUAUGAGUACUUCAGCACUG